AUGGCUUCACUUCCUCAGCAAACAUCUUUUCUGGGAGCGAUCUCCCUCCUACCAACAGCAAGCUCCCUCUCCGCAAACUCAUCAACACCUCUGAUGACUUCAAUCGCCCCUUCCUCGCCCCUAUCGACUGAAUCGACUGAAUCGACCGAUUCCUUCGUCCCAUACACGACAAUCAUAACAUCUAUCAUCUCCCGUCCCCCUAUCGCCCACAAAGCUGCUAACGAACCCCCUACCUUCAUAGCGGCACACGCCGACACCCUUCACGCCAUCGGCGAAUCCGACAUUCCGGACGGCUGGCAGCCAAAGCAAUUUGCUGCGAUUAACCAUAGAUGGUAUGCGGGGCUAGCCAUAAUGAUCGGACUGUUUGUGGCGGGGAUCGUGCUUGUUUGGUGCAUUUCGUGGUGUCAGUGCUGGUGGGCUGGGGAUUGCUUCUGGAAUACCUCGGCUGAGGAGUGGCGUCGUGUUGGGAGGAAGAACAAGAAGACGAGGAGAAGGAGGAGCAGUAGCGGUAGCCGGAUGGAGGUGGAGGCGGAGGCGGAGGUGGACUAUGUGGAGGAUUGGGUUUGCCGUGAUGGAUGA